UCUGGGGGGGCCCAGCUGGAUUUGGGUAUAAAGGGGCCCCCGGAGUGCCCGGCGUCGCUGUCACCGCUGUCACUGUCACCGCUGCCACCACCAUGACGUUCGUGCCCCCGCCCGGGUACAUGCCCGCCUACAACCCGCCCCUGCCCUACGUGGCCCCCGUGGUCGGGGGGCUCCGGCCCGGGAUGGCCAUUUACAUCCAGGGGGUGGUGGCCGCACAACCGGACUGGUUCCGGGUGAACCUGGCGCUGGGUGCCCAGGAUGACGCGGACGUGGCGCUGCACCUGAACCCGCGGUUCCAGGGGGGGGUCACGGUGCUCAACAGCCGCAGGGGGGGGCGCUGGGGGGACGAGCAGCGCCGGGAGCUGCACCCGCUGAGCGCGGGGGGGCCCUUCGAGAUGGUCAUCAGCGUCACCCCCGAGGGCUACCGGAUCCUGGUGAACGGAACGUUCUACGAGCAGUUCCCGCACCGGCUGCCCCCGGAGCAGGUGACGGCCGUGACCGUGGACGGGGACCUGGAGCUGCACUCGGCCUCGGUGCUGGGGGGCACGACCGUGGGUCCCCCCUGCAUCCCGGACAUGCCGCAGACCACCCCCCUGUACCCCGAAUGUAACCUGCCGGUGAUGGGACAGCCCCCCACCUUGCACCCGACCGUCCCCUACAUCGCCACCAUCCCGGGGGGGCUGCUCCCCAAAAAAACCAUCAUCAUCAAGGGCUUCAUCCCCCACAACGCCAGCAGGUUCCACAUCAACCUGCGGGCGGGCCCGGGGGGGGACGUGGUUCUGCACCUGAACCCCCGCAUGGACGAGGGGGGGCAGGUGGUCCGCAACUCGUUUUUGGGGGGCUCCUGGGGCCACGAGGAGCGCGACAUCUCCUGCUGCAGCCCCUUCCAGCCCGGCCGCUACUUCGACCUGUCCAUCCGCUGUGGGAACCAUCGGUUCAAGGUGUUUGCUGAGGGGCAGCCGCUCUUCGAUUUCCACCACCGGGUGCCAGCCGGGCCCCACGUGGACGUGCUGGAGAUCGAGGGCGAUGUCGUGCUGUCCUUUGUCCAAUUCUGAGCCGCUGGUGCCCAGUGAGCGCCCUGGAAGUGACCCCCUCAACUGGGCCCAGCUGAGCUCAGAGUGUUCUCCCCCCAACACUGA